AUGGGAAGCUCGCAGAAGAGAAUCACAAAGGAGCUCGCAGAAGUGACCGAGAGCCCACCAGCCGGUAUCAAAGUCAGCCUCGCAGACGAAGCCAACGUCCACACCUGGAACAUCAUCAUGGACGGUCCCGAAGGUUCACCCUACGCUGGCGGCAAAUUCCACCUCCUCCUCACCCUCCCACACGAAUACCCCUUCAAGCCACCCAAGAUCUCCUUCAAGACCCGCAUCUGGCACCCCAACGUAACCUUCGACGAGCACGGCAGCAUGUGCAUCGGGAUCCUGAAAGCCGACGCUUGGAAGCCGUCCAGCAAGAUCAUGAGCGUGCUCACCGCCACGCAGCAGCUGAUGAUGGAGCCCGUGCCGGAUGAUGCGGUGGAGCAGAGCGCGGCGCAGAAGUUCAAGGAGGAUAGGAAGACGUUUGAUAAGGAGGCGAGGGAGUGGACGAAGAAGUAUGCGAUGGGGAAGUAG